GUGGGGAGUAGCGCAGCUGUAAGGGUCAGCAGUGCCUGGGGUCUGUGGAGCAGAGCCUGAUCUGCACCAGGGGGCUGCCUCGUGGUGUGCUUUGAGAUACAAAUAAGGUGCCCAGCAAGCUUAGCGGCAAUUGAGUGUCUCACGAUAUUUGUCAGCCAUUUGCUAGUCAUCUUAAAAAUGCAUUGGCCUCUUUAUUGUACCCUCCUCCUUGUGUGGCGGUUUCCAGAAAUCUUCAUUUCAGCUUGCCUUCCUUCUUUUUCCCCCAGAGCCUCCUGUUCUCCACCCAGAUUGCUUUUUUCACCUCUCCUCCUGGGGCGGCUGAGAGGGGUACUGCUCUGGCAGCUUCUCCUCACCCAGCAGCUGGCAGUUGCUGCCCCCAAGCUCUGCCCGUGGAGCAGAGGAUGCGAGAUCUCCUCGGCUGCCUCAGUGCAAGUCAACGUGGUUGGUCCCAAAGGACUGAAUUGAGCCAUUUGACUUUGCACUGGAGCAGAUCGGGAGCACUCCCGUGCCAACUCUGUGCUGAGAUCCUGUCCUCAGACAGAAGCCAAGCCCCAACAAGACAGAGGUAAAGCUACCUGGUGAGAAAACAGCCUGAAGAGAGCAGCAGGCUGCUCGUGCCUGUGCCAGAUCAGAGAUGUCUUGCCUGCCUGUCUGCUCCUGUUACUGAUUUUGCUGCUGUGAGAAAGUUCAGGGCGCACAAGAGGCAGCAGAGGCUACUGUGGGGAACCAUCCCCCCAGGAGGCAGUACCCCACAUCUGGCACCACGAGGGAGCAAAGACCAUCACUUUGACUCUCCCCAUCCUCCCUCCCUUGCUAUCUCACCUUUCCUUGAGAGGAGGUGAUGCAUCACCAUUGCAACGCAGGAGUAGAUCAUCUAAUGGGUCAUGGGAGACGGUGGGGAUUCUUGUACUCAAAAAAAAUCCAGCUUACAUUCAGCCAGAGCUGCAUGUGAUCCCCCACCCCACUGCAGCCCUCUCCUACUCAGAUACCCCAAAGCCACAGCGUUCAUCCCACCUCUUCUUCCCCCAAGGCAUCCAUUUUGCUGCUGCAAAACUGAGUUUGCCUGCACCGAUUCGACAUCUUGAUCUAGCCCUAAUUGGGAAGCUGCAUGUAUAAGCUGAGCUCAGAGGGAUGCCUGUAAAGGAUUUAUUUCACCCAUACCAGGGAGCACAGAAGCUAAUGCGUAUCGCUGUUGCAGUGUCUCUGCCAGGUUUCAGCUUUCCUGAUUGCUCGGCGCCCUGUGGUAGUGAGAGCACAAAGGAUUUUAAAGAAGUUGAAAAUGUCUGAUCUCAUGCAUCUUUGGGGUUGGCCACACAUGGUGGGAUAAGGGUGUGCUACACAGAGCGCUGAGCUGGUGCUUUUUUUUAAAUCAGCAUCUGAAUCAUUGUAAACAGGCUCGUUUGGCAGCCGCUGCAGGCUGGCAGCAUGCAGCUUAACUCCUGACGAAUUUCUCAUCCUCGCUCUCUGUGCUGUAGCUGGUUUAGGCAGGAGUUAGGAAGGCGCCAGGCAUUUUUAAGCCUUCUGGACCCUAAAACUAUGGGAGAUUCUCCCAAGUCUGAAGCAUAAAGUUCUGUUCCCUCUGGUUCUCAACUCGAGAUGUAGCAUCUCAUGAUGAUUUGUGUUACUUCUCCCAUACUCUUCCCUUUGUUCUGGGGCCACAUUUCUCUUUUCAGCUAAUCUUUAUCUUCAGGUUACGGGCCGUCUUUCACUCUGUGGACUGGUUUUGCGGAGACUUUGCUCAGAGCCUCCACAUACUGUCUCUAGGUGCGAAGAGCAGUGCGGCACCCUGGAUAUUUUGACAACUUGUCGGGUGGUGGUUGGUGUUUCAGACUAUGGUGACAAGUAGCAGAAUGCUCUCUUUGAAUACAUAAAAUCUCUUGAAGCUGCAGCUCUACUGCAAAAAUAUGUUUUCAUUGUUUAGAAUGAAAAAAAAGCAGUUUGGGUCUCUUAGAAAUGAAAAAGCGAUGACUUUUUUCUUAACUCCCACGGUCUCUGCCGGGUUACUUGUAGCUGCUGAGUAGCAGGUAAUACCCGUCUGCCAUGUACCCUGACUUUGGGUAUGUCAGGUCACCUGGGUGCUUGUCUUGAAGUGCCUUUGCAUGAGGUGAUGUUCGAUAGCAGCUGCCUUACGGCAUUGCAGGGAAACAGCUGCCUUGGCUAGGGGAAACACUGGUAUCACCUCACUUUCGGUAGCGUAAAGGAUAGAUUAAAAAGUGCUUCGUGUUAGGUGGAAGCCACUCAUUCUUCGUCUGCCCUUUUUUCAGUACCUGGAAGCAAUUCUGACCCCAGUAAAUUGUGAUCCAUGGCUACAGUGCUAAUAUGCCGAAGAUUUCCAAGACUGAGCAGGGUGACUGCAUUUUCGACUACAGCCAAGUGCAAGGCCGAGAGCGGAAGCAGCAAAAGUGAGCAGGAAAAGGAAGAGAACCCAGAAACGGCCAACACCAGAAGCGAAUCUGCAGCUACAAUCCAGUUGCUGAAUCCACUGGACUACAGAGUAUUGUAUAAUCCAUCUGCCUAUGCCAAAAGCAGAGCUGCCUCCCAGCAGCACGCUGCUAGGAGCAGUGGCCAGGCUCUCGGUGACACUUUCACCAGCCCUGGCAAGGCACAGGUUCAGCAUACAUUCAGUAACGCCUCUUCUCAAGCUUUGCCUUCUGUCAGAAAUGCCCUGCCAAAGCCCAAGUCCAAACCGCUCCUCAAGCAGACCAUCUCGGCGUGCCCUUCUGUGGCACAAACCAAGGAGGAGGCAGAAAAGGAUAAAAGAGAGAUGCAUGACUCCAAGGAGGACCCUCGCAUGUUUCAGAACGGGAGGCCUGAAUACAAAUCUCUCAGCUAUGACAAAUUUGAGCCAGUAGAGACCCUUCCUUUAGAAGAAGGUGACUCGAUUUUACACAGUGUGGCUGUAUGCAAGGGCAGCCAGAGCCCAGGAACUAUCACAGAUUAUUUUUGCAAGCUGAGUCGUUUGCCAGUGGAACAACACGCAGCGUUGGUGUCCGAACCCAGGUUUAAUACACUGUGUCGCUGUGCUGUCAAAAACAUCAGGUUGUUUAGUACUUCAGAACUCGUCGAUAUUUUGAAAGCUUGUGUUCGUUUGGUUGUUCCACCCACCCACCCUCUGCUGAACGCAUGUGAGAACGAAUUCUGCCGGCGAGUGUGGGACAUGAACCUGGACCAGCUGCUGCUGGUGGCUGAUUGCUGGCGCUGUCUGGAGCGUAGCGUGCCUUCCUACCUGAGCAUUUUGUUCAGCUAUGCCAACAUGCACUGGAAAGACCUCACUUUGCCCCAGUUUGUUCAGCUUCUUUAUAUCAUAGGUGAAGGCCGGAGGUCACCCGCAGACUUGACGCAGAAGGUGGAGAGCAUGAUUUUGAAGUACUUGGACUCCUUCAUGCUGGAGGAGGUGGGUGCUGUCUGCUUAGGGCUCUUCAAGUCCCUCAGUGGUAUCUCUGACCACGUCAUGAGAAAAAUUGCAGACAGAGUCUACCUGCAGAUGGAAGACAUGAGCACUUAUGCUUUGGUGAACGUGCUUAAACUACUCCGCUACAGUCGCGUGGACCACUUACCCCUCUUGAAAGAACUUGGGAAGGUCAUUCCCACUCGGAUUCCUACAGUAAACAUCCAGGGCAUCAUGCACAUCACUCUUACAUGUUCAUCCCUACACUACUUUGACGAGGGCAUUAUGGCUGCUGUAGCCAUGUCUUUGCCUUCUAAGGUGACUUACUGCCGAAGCAAAGAUGCUGCCAAGUUCUUGUGGUCGUUUGGAUGCCUGGACUAUGAACCGCCGAAUGAGGAAGAGUUUUACUGCAGCCUGAUAGAGCAGAUGCAUAGGAAACUCCAUGAAUUUAGGAAGUAUCCAGAGCAUCUCCUUACUGGUUUGCUUGGCCUGGCAUUUGUCAAACGCUUCCCAGAGGACCUGAUAGACUAUGCUUUGAGGGAUGAGUUUGUCCAGAAAACAAGAGGUAGUAAGUAUGAGCUCAAAAAGGACCUGUUCACGCUUAGUAAGAGUGUUGAAAUUGAGUGCCCGAGCUACCAAGGCAGCCGCCUUUCACCUCAGCUUUAUCAAGAGAUGACCGAGAUGGUUUUGAAUUUUGCAGAGCAAGAAAUCUAUGUCAGGCCUGAAAUUGUGGAAGCUGUGUCUCUUCUCGAGAGCAUGUUAGGUGGCCCCGAAUAUGUGAAGAACCACAUGAUCCUGCCUCACACGAGAUCGAGUGAUCUAGAGGUUCAUUUGGCUAUGGAUGGACAUCCCAUCCCUUUCAACUUAAAGGACCCUAUUACAGAUAAGAAACUGAAAGACUUUGGAGUUAGUCUAACGGAUGACUUAAUGGCUCAGCUUAUAAAAGGGACAUCUAGUAGCCAGUCUCCUGUGGAAGUGGAAAAUGAAGCCAGGACUCCUGGGCAGGAGGGGAGGGAAGAAGCAGGAACACCAAAUGCAGGGGAUAGUGCUGUGCUUUCAGGUGGAGCUCUUCUUGCAGAUGCCAGAUUGCAAGUUGAGCCUAAAUCGGAGUGCUGUCUUGAAGUCCCCCCAUCUCUUACACUGGACCGGCAGCCUCGGCAGGUGAAACUGGCAAUUCAGGUGUCCAACCGAAACCACUACUGCUACUGCUCCAAGCGGCUCUUGGGGCUGCACUGCUUGAAACGGCGGCAGCUGCAGCAGCUGGGGAUGUGGCCUGGUGUCUGAUUUCUGCAUGUCAUUGUGAGGACAGAGUUGCUGGCAUCUUCCUGAGCUUUCAGGUGGUGGUUCUCGCCGAGAGGAGGGACAUUUCCUGAGGUGUACAGGGCAGACUCUGCAUCUGAGCAGAGCUGAAGGGAUUAUUUCACAUGGAGCAGCAAAUGAAACUCCCAUUCCCACUGCAAAGGCAGCUGAGCUGUUCUGGCUGUUUUGCCAUGCAGCAUUUCAAGGUGCUGAAAUUAAUCCUGAGGUGGAGGAUGGGAAGAGAGGUGGCAGUAAGCAGGUUGCUGUCCCAAGACAGUUGCUGUAUAUUAGCUCAUUUUGGCUGCCUGGUUUAAAAUGUCUGGGCUCGUUUUUUUCCUCUCUCAAAUACUCAGCAUUAUGGAGCACCUUAGUUCAGUGACCACAAUGCACGUUCCUUACUGCAGCAGCUCUCUAGUCUUGGGUAGGACACCAGGAAGGCACUUAGUGAGUAGCUCCAAAAAGGCUGGUUUUAAAUGACUUGCCCAAGACCACAGAGGAUCUUGCUGGUAUAGAAAAGGACAGAGUGCAGUCCUUCAGGUCUGCAUUUCACCACCUAGUCGAAAGAUCUUCAUUCUCGCACUCGAGAGAGAUGGACACUUGUGUGGCAUCCUGAUGGCACUUCAUAGUCUUUAAGUCCUUCGUGAUCUUUGAGUUCGAUGUUUUGAUGAGUAAUGACUUUAGUAAUGCAGUUGUGCAGGUGUUGAAUUUUUAAAGUGUUCAUAAAUUCAGAUCCUUCUUCGUGCCACAACCACGUGAGUUGUCACUAGCACAGGAGACCUCCACACAAGUUUGGGGUGUAAUGGCACCAGUAGCCGUGGGAAGCCACAUCUGCUGCUCCAUCCCAUUCUUGUCCCAGAGGUUUUUACAGUCUGCAUUUCCCCAGCUCUUGCUUCAGCCCAGGCUCUUUGCUAGAGGGGUCCGGGGCUCACUGUCCCCAUCUGAAUCUGGCUGCUGCUCUGAUCAGUUCCUCUCGGCUGCUUUUGCCUGUCCCUGCUGAUUCUUGUUCCCAGCCUGCCUCUCUGGCCUCAGCCGGCCCCUUUACUUUCCUAUCACAGUGUGUCCAGCCAGUUCUCGCUUUCCUUCUUUACACGGAAGCUUAGUCCUAGUCUCAUUCCAGUUUCUCAUUUAAUCUGUCCCUUCGUGCCCACUGUUUGUCUUCUGAGUUGUGUUUUCAUGGUAAGAGUAAAAAAAACACAGCCAUGGGUAAAAGCAACUCAGUGACCAACUUUAGCUGUGAAGCAAGAGUGCAGCAGAGCUUUUCAGAAGAAAGGAGAGCAGUGACUUGGACUUGCAGAAUAGUGCAUUUUCUUAGUGAGAUGAUGAACCUGGAAAAAUUAGCCUGAGUUGUUUAAGUCUGUCAGGGUCACAAACAGGUAAGAGAAAAUCCUGUAAAAUACACACACACAUAUAUAUAUAUAUAUAGCUCCUCAUGCUGCAGAACAAGGAGGAACUGAAUUGAAAAACAGCAAGUUGAGUGAGAGAAUAAAUUGUUUGUAAUUAACCAAAGCUAAUUGCCACAGAUUAUUAAAAGCAUGGUAGGAAAGGAUGAAGAUUUAGGAUGCAACCUCAGUAACAGCCCUAGGCUUGGAAGAAGACGUGAGUCUGUCCUGAGGGAUGGCUUGCACCCAUCCGUGAUUUGCCUAGCACGAGGCAGCACUUAGAAAGAGGAGGUUGCACAGCGCAAGGUCCGCAGGAGAAUUUGACAUCUGCCAUAGGCAGGAUCUCAGUAGACAGCGGCUCAUGAGAAGUGAGUUUUUAAAGCGAUGAUUUUGCAGGGGUGCAGAGGUGAAGGUGCCUCUCCCUGCUCACCGACAUCGAGGGAAGGUCUCACCAAGACUUGCUCAAUGCAAAUGCACCAGUAUGGUCAGAUUGGAAUGGAGAAGUCUUCAGCGCAGGAAAGAGAUGCGAGGAGAAAUAGAACAGAUCGCGAAUCGUGAGUCAUUCCAAGAAAGGGAGCAAAGAGAGUUGAUUUGCCAUUUUCCAUAAUACCAGUGUUGAGAGCCAAGCUAAUUUACCAGGCAACAGGUUCAAAAUGAACCAAAAAGAGUAGUUUUGUCACACAGCCUGUAGUUAAACCAGCAAUCUUAUUCCCACAAGAUGUAGGUGCCAAAAGUCAAACCAGUUUAAAAGCCUGUUUGAACAAUUCCACACUGGCAGCCCUGUACUGGAAGCUUCUCAGGCUCAGGCAGCCAAGAAAGUAGUAUUGGGGGAGCAUUGGUUUGUGCUUGCCCUGUUCCCGUGUUCCCUGUUGAGGAGCAGGAAUUGCUCCUGAUGGCUGUGAGACCAAAUAUUGGGCUAGAAGGGGUGCUUGUCUGGCAAGCUGCAGCUUUUCCUAAGUUCACACCUGCUUUGGUUAAGCAUUAGCAUUGUAAGCUUCAAGUUCUGCUCUCUGCAGGCUUGGCUUCUAUUGUGUUGAUUUUUGUAUGUGGGAUUUGUACCGUGGGUACCACAUUUCUCAUUUCAGACUGUUGCGCUCGAUCAUGCGCAGACCGGACUGCACCCGCACGCUUAGCAGGCAGGGAAAGCAAGCUCAUUAAUGCUCUGCAUUUCAGUGGCCGGACUGACGUGCCCCCAGAAGGCCAAUUUCAUUUUGGCUGAACUAACAGCUUCAGUUGAAAAUCAUUAAAGAGCUGCUUGUUCUUGAAGAAAGCCGUGGGUUCCUGAUUUGCAAGGUUGCCCAAGGCAAUGACAUAUUAAAACUAAGGUUAACGAAAGGUUAAAACUUUUGCCUUGCAGAUAAUUUCAUUCUUAAAAAGGAUCAAACCAAUUUGAGUCACAUUUUUUUGAAUGGAAAAGAAGGUGUGUUCACUUGAGUUUCUUUAAUGAACAUUGUCAGAAGAAUCAGCUGGGCCGGUGUUCAGAACACAGAUGAUCUCUCUCAGAGCUAUUAAAUGCCCUCUGCUCCCUUGGAGCUAUUAAAUACCGAUUAUUAAUAUUUGUGUUUAAUCUUAGCUU